UGACUUCUUUUGACAUUGCAUUAUUUUUGUUCCGUUCUGUGUUGCUCACUCCAGUCAGCAGAUGGCGAUGUGAGUUUUUCAGGUGAUGCUUCUUGCGUGACGUAUAAUCUAGUGGACGGAACACGAGGCUUCUUCAACGGAGACAAAAGGCUUCCGUUUCAACCAAUGCGGUGGUUUGCUAGCGAACAUAGAUCCGGAGCAUUUAAGCUCUUUAGACUAAUCUUGUGUAUAUCAAUCUUAGUGUUUAGAACACAAUUCUGUUUACGCAUCCACUUGUUAAUUUAAACGUAGUUUGCUUCUUAAAUUAGCGAAUGUGUUAACUUGAUACUGCACAAGGCUAAUCGCCCGGAGCAUGAGGUCACGAAACUAGACGGAGAAAGAUCUGGUGAAAGGAGAGGAAGAAGCUUUCAGAAUGGAAGAGGAGGCUAUCACAUUGAAACAAGAGGAUGAUAUUACAGGGAAAGAGGAAGAUGGGAAAGAGGUUGUCAGAGUGGAAAAUGAGGAGGUAGAAGCUUUCAGAAUCAAAAAGGAUGAAGAUCCCGUAACAUUGAAGAAGGAGAAUAUAGUGAAAGAAGAGGAAGAACCUUUCAGAAUCAAAAAUGAGGAAGAUGCCGUAACAUUGAAGGAGGAGAAUGUAGUGAAAGAAGAGGAAGAACCUUUUGGAGUAAAAGAGGAAGAGGAGGCUAUCUCAAUAAAAGAGGAGGAAGAUGUUUUAGGAGUGAAAAAGGAGGAGUCAGAAUAUCCGAUUACCAUCAGAGAGAGACAUGACGAUCCUGGAUCCUCUGGGGAACCUCAACAACAUCCUGAUCCUGCUGACGAGGCAGAGAAGAGUCUCUCCAGAUCAGAACACCAGAUGGACAACGCUAGCCCUUCCUCCCUCCCGGAGUCCCCGUGUCGUGCCUCUCCCGGUAGCACCUUACUGCUGGGUAUGAAGAGGUUGUCUGUGCUGCUGGUGGACUGCAGGAAAACAAUGGGGCUGAGUGGAACUGUGAGAGGAGGAAAAGAGAAGAAAGGAUCAGAUUUGACUCAUCAAAGAGAGAGACAUGACUAUGGUGGAUCCUCUGGGGAGCUUCAACAACAUCCUGAUGCUGACGAGGCAGAGAAGAGUCUCUCCAGAUCAGAACACCAGAUGGACAACACUAGCCCUUCCUCCCUCCCGGAGUCCCUGUAUCGUGCCUCUCCCGGUAGCACCUUACUGCUGGGUAUGAAGAGGUUGUCUGUGCUGCUGGUGGACUGCAGGAAAACAACGGGGCUGAGUGGAACUGUGAGAGGAGGAGAAGAGAAGAAAGGAUCAGAUUUGACACAUCAAAGAGAAAGACCAGACUCAGAGGAACCAGAGCCAGGGACGUCCAAACCAGCAAGACGACACCAGUGCUCCCACUGUGGAAAGAGUUGUAACCAGAAAGCACAACUGAAAGCUCAUGAGAGAAUACACACAGGAGAGAAGCCUUACCACUGCUCCCAAUGUGGAAAGUGUUUCGUCAGUUUGGGGGACCUGAAACAACAUGAGAGAAUACACACAGGAGAGAAGCCUUACCACUGCUCCCAAUGUGGAAAGUGUUUCAACCAGUCGGGGAUGCUGAAAGAACAUGAGAGAAUACACACAGGAGAGAAGCCGUACCACUGCUCCCAAUGUGGAAAGUUUUUCGUCAGUUCGGGGGUGUUGAAACAACAUGAGAGAAUACACACAGGAGAGAAGCCUUACCACUGCUCCCAAUGUGGAAAGUGUUUUCGGGGGUUAGAAGGCCCAUGA